UCUCUUUUUUUCCCUCUUUCUCAUUUGCUCGACUUAAGCGGCUGCGCCUUCUCGACCUCGUCAUGAGCGCUUCUUGGGGCUCCCCGCAAUGCUUCUGGCUGCUGGUGCUGGCCGCCGGGGCCGUGCAGACCCUCACACUGGUGCUCAGCGUGGUCUUCUUCAACAGAGUGCUGCACACGAUGCAGGACAGUUUUUCCGGGGGGAGCAUGUCAUGUUUGACCGACGUCGAUUUCGAGUUCCCGACCGAUGAGAAGACAAGUGACCCCUGCUGGCAAGUUUUGCAACAACUCCGCUACCACAUUGAAAAGGCGAUGGCGGCAAGAUUAGAGAAGGACAUGUCUUCCGGCGUGACAAAUAAGCUGACAGAUGUUCUUCCUUUCCUGCCUGACGGCCACGUUCGUCCUGAUGUGGCGGCUCACGUGACCGCCACUUCCUCCUCACAGACGCAAGAAGACGGUGCGAAGAGCCCCAAAGGUUACCUGGGCGAGCGCGUCACGGCGUGGGAAGGACACCGAGGGGAGUCCUUCCUGCACAAUGUGGAGCUGAGAGGGGGAGAGCUGCUGGUGCCUCGGGCAGGGCUCUACUACAUCUACGCGCAGACCUACUUCAGGCUCUCCUCCACCUGGAGCAAGGACCAGGAGGAGGAACAUGACCACAACCCAGACGGGGAGCAAGAAGGGGCCCAGCUCGUCCAGUAUAUUUAUAAAAAGAUGAGCUCGUACACGGCUCCCAUCCUGCUCAUGAAGUCUUCGCGGAGCGCCUGCUGGCCGCGAGGCAGAGAGCCCGGAAUGUUCUCCCUCACCCAGGCGGGCACGGCCUUCCUGCAGCCUGACGACCGCCUCUUUGUGGCCGUGGGCAACGCCAGCGCCGUGGAGGCGGACGGCCGGGCCAGCUACUUCGGGACUUUCCUGGUGGGCUAGACCCGAGCUCGGGACCUCGUGGUCCGCAGCCUCCGUACGGGAUUGACUGCUUAAGUCACGCUGUCGUGAUCACGCGGCGCGCUGGGCAGAUAAUGAGCCAUUGAUGUUUGCAGUCAACAUUCAGCGUGCUAAAAUGUGCUCAAGUGAGGAUAAGCCGCAAGGGCUGGAAAGCGGAACGGCGCCGAUGGCGGCAAGCAGGGCUUUUGCUUACGUAGGCAAAUAGAAAAGCGGCGAUGCCUUGAGUUUGUCCGGAUAGAAGCUUAAGCCAAAUUGGAAGCUAAAGUCAAUCCUGCAAAGUUCAUCUAAAGUCACUCACGAAGCCAAGGCAGGGCUUACCGCUAACAUUAGCAGUAGCUUUGGAAACUAACAGAGAAGGAUAACAUGGAUGCUAAGAUGACUUUUUUCAUUUUUGUCCGGAAAGCAUUAGGAGCCACACACAGAGACGCACACACACACCAGUGAAAAAGUAAAAAACUAUCAUUUAA